UCGUCAACUCGUUCGUGGUGUUCGUGUCGCCAUUGUCGUUUCGCAGAGUGUUAGAAAAUUGUGUGAAAAAUUGAAAUCAAUUUUUUGUGAAUAUAAAAGUGUAAAAAGUUCAAGUGUAAGGAGAUCCAAAGUGCAUUUCAUGUGCGUUUUGCAAACGUAAUUUUCAGUAUUCAACCGUGAAAGUUAAGAAGAAUAACAAAAGGAAUAAAAUCUGCAGUGAAGAGCUAUACAAAAGCGUCAAUAGGGACGAAGAAACUUUUCGUCUUACCAAAGGCACCACCAAAAGAGGUGCACGCAAAGUGUUUCUUACCAUCAAUUGGAUAAGCAUACCAUAUAGGAAAAUCUGCUGACGUUUUUCAUCUGCAAAGAAAUCAAUAACAUCUGUUUAUCUAUUAAUCGCAUUGUAAGACGCUCUAAUUGUUGUUAACAUCAUAGAAAAUAAUAAACCAUUUCUGAUUGCAAGUUGUUGAUCACAAAAUCUUCGUUUGCAACCACCACAAAAGCGUCAGGACAAAUAAUAAAAAGGAAUUAUCAACAUAGCUAGUACUGUUGGUACUGACAUACAAUUUAGUGAGCUAAUAGGACGAGUGCCGCAGAAGUAGCGACGUUUUAGCGUAUGCUCAAGCUCCUGCGAAAACAGGUCACUUGGAAUGUUAGAUGCGGUGAACGCAACAAUUACAGUGUGUCGAUUGUGUGAAAAAAAUCAGCAGAGAACAGAGAAAAGCAGAAAUCUUGAAUAUGGCGAAUUUAAAUUUUCAACAGCCUCCGAGAAGUUUAGCAAACACCUCAAUGACAGGGCGAACUACAGGUGGAUUUGGUGGUAGUUCACUUUCCGGUCAUGUAACACCAACGUCUGGCAUGUUUCCAACGGGAGGUGCAAAUUAUGGACAAACGCAACAACCUCAACUCUCGCCGAAUCGCAAUGCACAAUUAUCUGUGGGCGGUCCGGCGUUAUCGAGAGGCGGUCGCGCGAAUAUCUUUGGUCAACAAGCGUUCGAACGGCGAGCCAUGCAGGCGUUAGGUGGUGGCCCAAUGUCGAAUAUGGGCAGCUUUAUGCAAUCCGGACGUGGUGGCUACGGUACUGGAGGUGGUGUGAGUGGUUUUCCCACGGUAUUUGGUGGCAGUGGGGAUACGGCAACGCCCGCGCUACUCGAUCCAACGGAAUUUCCCUCGUUGACAAAUGUGCGUGGCCAGAACGAUCAAUCACUGCCUCAGACGAAUCCCCUCCAGCCACCGGGAAGCAAACCUUAUGGUAAUUUCUUUACCUCUUUCGGCAUGGUGAAACAACCAACGUCGGAACAAUCGGAAUUCACCAUGUCCAAUGAAGAUUUCCCUGCGUUACCAGGCACUCAAAUCUCCGACGGUACAACGAAUUCGGGCAUCACGGAGAACAAUUUGGAUGGCGCGGAGAAGACAAUGAACUCGAUUGUGGGUGGCAGUGGGUUGGGUGCAGUUGGGAGUGGCGUUGGCGUUAGCGGUAGUAGUGGUGUCGGCAGUAGUGGUAGAGGAAUCGUCGACCAUCAGCACGAUAAUUCCAGCAAUGAUAAACUUGUGAAAAGCGGCGUGCAAACUUCACCUGAUGGUAAGGUCACAAACAUCCCAGCGAGUAUGGUGAAUAACCAAUUUGGUAUGGUGGGUCUGCUUACAUUUAUAAGAGCGGCGGAAUCGGAUCCAAAUUUAGUGACGUUAGCGUUAGGAAAUGAUCUUACCGGCCUCGGUCUAAAUUUGAAUUCACAGGAAAGUUUACAUCCUACAUUCGCUGGACCGUUUGCGGAUCACCCCUGCAGAGUACAAGACGUUGAAUGCAACGUGCCAACCGAAUAUUUGAUCAAUUAUGCGAUAAAAGAUAAACUGUCUGCACCCAUACUGAAUAAGCUGCAAGAAGAUUUGCUGUUUUUCUUGUUUUACACGAAUAUCGGCGAUAUUUGGCAAAUGAUGGCCGCAGCGGAACUUUAUGGCCGCGAUUGGAGAUUUCACAUAGAAGAGAAAAUAUGGAUUACUCGAAUUCCUGGUAAUAAUCAAGGAAAAUUCUACUACUUCGAUGCGCAAAGUUGGAAACGCAUGUCCAAAGAUUUCCAAAUCGACGCCGAAAAAUUAGAUAAAUGUCCCAAUAUAUCUGCGUUAGUGAACAUGAAUGGACAGUCUGUAUAAUAUUAAUAAAAUAUACAAAAAACCGAAAAAAAUCUAAAAAAAAA